AAAAAAAAGUAAAAAAUGUGCGACCAUUUCAAAGCGAGCUUCUCGCAAACUCGAAGACAAUCUCUAUCUGGUGGAGAGGAGAGAGAUCGAUGACGAUGACGAUGCUAGUGAGCAUUGUCGGUCUUCUUCUCCUUAUGCUUCUUCUGAUCCUCCUCCUCAUCUUCCUCGCCUGCAAACCAUGGCGCUUCUUUUCCUCCUCCUCUCGUUCUCGCACUAUCAAGGUUGGUGAGCUUGAGAGACCCCUUGUUUCGGAUGAUGCUGAUUUGGUCCGGAACCAGGGCAAUGAGCUUCCAAGAGGUUAUGAUCUAGAGGGAGCAUGCUUUCCAAGUGAAGGGAAUUUUCGCUCACCCCGACCACAAGGACUUGUGCAUAAGCCGAGGCUUCCCACUGCACCUCCCAUUUUGACUCAAAGUGAUAGCUUUGUCCUAGAUGUGAUUUCUGAUGCUCCAGAGGAUAUUUUGGUUGGUCAGACCCUGAAGCGUCCAUUGGCAAUCCAGCAGUUACUGGAAGAGCAGAAGAACAGUAGACAGAGUUUAGAACAAGAGAGAUUUCAAGAGUUUCUGCCCAAGGAUACCUUGAAUCAAAGAACCUGCCUCAACCUGGAGGUCAUAUCCGGUCCUUCCCAUGGACUUCGUUGUUCAGUACAGUCAACAAAUUCCUCCAGGCUUCCUAUGACCCUGGGAAGGGUUCCUCCAAGUGAUUUAUUAUUGAAGGACUCGGAGGUAUCAGGAAAGCAUGCAUUGAUAAACUGGAAUUCAAACAAAAUGAAAUGGGAGCUGGUCGACAUGGGCAGCCUGAAUGGAACACUUCUGAACUCUCAACCAAUCAAUAAUCCUGAUUCUGGAGGUAGACAUUGGGGUAACCCCGUGGAGCUUGCAAGUGGAGACGUAAUAACACUCGGAACGACCUCAAAAGUGUUCGUUCAUGUUGCAUCUGAAACUGGGAGUCAGAUCCCCUUUGGAGUUGGCAUGGCUUCAGAUCCCAUGGCUCUGCGUCGUGGAGGGAAGAAGCUUCCAAUGGAAGAUGUGUGCUACUAUCAAUGGCCUCUUCCCGGGGUUGAUCAGUUUGGACUUUUUGGUAUCUGUGAUGGACAUGGUGGAGCAGAGGCUGCCAGAUCUGCUAGCAAGCUUCUUCCUCAGAUCGUUGCUAACAUUUUAUCGGAUUCGCUGAAAAGGGAGAGGGUCUUGUCACUAUGUGAUGCUUCAGAUGUUCUCAGGGAUGCAUUUUUUAAGACAGAAACAUGCAUGAAUCACUACUACGAGGGCUGUACUGCCACUCUGCUUCUGGUUUGGACUGACGGUGGUGACAAUUUCUUUGUGCAAUGUGCAAAUCUUGGAGAUUCAGCUUGUGUUAUGAAUGUUGAUGGGAAGCUGAUUAAGAUGACCGAGGACCAUAGAAUUAGUAGUUAUGGUGAAAGACUCCGAAUCCAGGAAACAGGAGCCCCGUUGAAAGAGGGGGAAACACGCCUAUGUGGUUUGAACCUUGCUCGGAUGCUUGGAGACAAAUUUCUUAAACAGCAGGAUUCCCGCUUCAGUUGUGAACCAUACAUUAGCCAAGUAGUUCAUAUCAAUCGAACGAGCAAUGCCUUUGCGAUAAUGGCCAGUGAUGGCUUAUGGGAUGUAAUUAGUGCGAAGAAGGCGAUUCAGCUAGUUCUUCAGACGAAAGAGAGAUACUCGAUGGACGGGGAGACUUUGGCAGAGAAGAUUGCUAAUAUUUUGUUGAGUGAGGCUAGAACAGUGCGAACAAAGGAUAAUACCUCUAUAAUUUUCUUAGAUUUUGAUGCUUCUAGGAUCUCGUGUAAAGCUGAAUCUUGAUAUGAAUUUAGAUAUAUAAGUUAUAGUUUCAACACA